CUCUUUUUUACCUAACUGUUUUCUAAAAAUGUAGUUUUUAACUAAAUGUUGAAUAAAUAAAUUUUGUUCUUUUAAAUUUUCAUUAAUUUUUCAAACUCUUUGAGUAAAAAGAAUAUUUCCUUCAUUUGAGCAUUCGAAACUUUAGGAAAGUUUACUAUUCAAUAACGCGCGUAAAUUGAAACGAAAAAUUGUUUCAUUUAUAUAGGAAAAAGAAAAUAAUAGUCGAGGCAGAUAUUAUUAAUAUAAAAAAGAUAUAAAUAUAUAUAUAUUUAAGCAUUAUAAGUAAAAUAGACAGUUACGCAGUCUACUUGAAAUUUUUAGGACUUGGACGAUUGAACUUCUUUAUUUUCUUUCUUCUUGGAUUAAUUCCAAGAAACAAGUUCGAUCAAACUUCCGGGUGCGAUUUAAAUUUAUUGGAGAUUAUUGUGUGUAAAUAGAAGGAAUGUGUGACAGAUUGUUUGAUGUCAAAAAUUUGAAGUAUUAUUUACCUCAAAAAAAUUAAAAAAAAAAAAAAAAAUAGAAAUUGUGAAAUUCAGAAAACAAAAAUAAAUGAGUCAAUUUGAAUGAAUGUAUAUUACUUGCAAGAGGACGAUGAAAAAUUUCACUUUAAUUUUGAAGAAUAUUGCAUAUAUAGAUCUUAUAAAAAUUGAAUGAACAAAGAUUUAUUCGAACGUACAAAGAUUUAUUCAAUUUCCUUAAUUCCUUUCCGUUUUUCAAACGAUUUUUAAAAUCAACGAAUUUCUCGAAUUUUAUAUUCGAAAAGUCGAAUUAAAAAAAAAAUUGAUGACUCGACUAGUUUGGUGGCCUACAGGUGUUUUUAUCUCAUUUCUCUUCUUCUCAUAUUUUAUGUGAGAAUAUCAAAAGGAAAAGUUCUAUUUGGCAAAAGGAAGAAAUAUUUUUUUGCUUCUGAAAAUUCAUAAAUUCGUUCAAAAAUAUAAUCUCGAGAUUCCAGAAUUAAAAAGAUGAGAGAAAAAAAGGAAAAAAGACGUAAAUCGAAUGAAUGUAAAUGAAAUUAGAAAGUUUCGAAUACUAGUCAACAGAUCUGAUAAGUUUUAACUAAAAAUACAAUUAGGCACAUCCAACGUGACUUUAUAAUGAGUAUAAACUAAGAAAGGAGAGGGAAUCGCUCGCAGUAAAGGGACGAUAAACUCGACGUUUACUACAUUCUUCAUUAUUGUCAUUCAGAUAAGAUGAAGUACAAGUUAAGUGAAGAAAAUAUCAGUGAAGAAGCUCAAGAUAAUAUUACAAAUAUUCUGUUAUUCUCAAUUUCUACGUUCUUCCACAAAACAAUAAUUUUUCCCUUUCAUCAUGUUUCGUCGUUUGCGUAAAUUUAAGCGGAUAGUUCCACCGGCAACACCGUUUCAAGAUUUCACUUAUCAUUGGAAGCAGCUCAUGAAUUUUUAUGCGGAUCAUUUAACCGACACUAAAGUACCAAUAGAAUCGACAGGAAUUCCACAUCAUUUAAAUAGACUCCUGGAAAUAUUAAUUCUCGAGGAGAAAACAAGAGAAGAGCCAGGCUCAUGUUUGGAAUAUUUAAUACAACACAAACUUCUCGAUUUAUUAGCAACAUUAGCAUGUGCCGAAUCACCACCAGGAAUGAGAUUAGUCAGUCUCGCAUUUUUUCGCAAACUAUUAACAAGAUCAAAAUUCCCCCUUCUACAUCAUUCAGCAGUAUUUAUACCCAUUCAAAGACUGAUAGAAAUUUGUGAUGGUAAUUUAGCCUCGCCAAUUGAAAGUGAAGAAAUUCAAUUUCUCCUUGCACUUUGUUUUUUAAUCUGCAAAUAUCCACACUGUACAAGUCUUGUCAAUGAAUCGAGCAAUAUUCGUAAGGAGAGUACAACAAUUCACAAUAAUGAAACCGAUAGAAAUAAAAUACAAAAUAUUACCUACGUUCCCGAUAGGCGAUGUAGUAAUACAAAUCCCCUAUUUAAACCACUGAAUACCCAAGCGAUAACACUGGUGAAUCCUGAUUUAUUUUCUGCCACUAGUGGAGCACGUUUGGUUCGUUAUAAGAGAAUCUCGAGAAAUAUUGAGAAGAAUACACAGGAAACAUUGGAGCACAGAAGAAAUGAUACACAAAAUAUUCCCACAUGUUCGAAUAUAUCUAGUCAAUCGAAUGAAUCGCCGGAAAAUAUUUCACAAUCAUCGAGUCCAACUUCACAAAAAUGUAGUUUCGACACGAUUGGAAAUAAUUGUGAUAGUCAAGAUAAUGAGAAUUCAAGUAAUGUACCUGAUGAUAUAGAAGCAGCUUCUUGUGAUAUUGUAAACACUAUUAUAAAUGACAUCGAGAAUGUCAAAAUAAAUUCUGACUCUAGGAGAAAGCAUUCCCGUGAAGAGAACACUAAUGUAGAUAAUUCUUUGAGUGAUUUAGAAAAUUCAAGUUCUAAGUGUCUACUUAUUGACGCCCUCAAAAGUUACAUUAACAGUGCUGACAACACAGUGAGAAUAAGAGCAUGCGAGGGAAUUAUGGUAUUGGCGUCUUUGGAAGAAACGUCCUUCAUUAAUUCGAUAGCUCAAAGUGAUCUUCCACUAGUUCUAUCGAAACGUCUAGAAAUUCUCUUCAAUGCCAUACCGGCCCACGUAUUUCCCAAUGAAAUCGAUGACGUCGAAGUAACCUGGGGUUUGGAUUCACCACUUCUAACCAGUGAGAAAAAAUUCCCCGGAUGUCGUCGUGUGGCAGCAUUUUUCAUGUGGCUCGAUUUUUGUGAUCAAUUGAUAAAGGAGGCGCAUCCAAAAAUUGCUGAAAUUGUCGCUAAAACAAUAAGAAUCGAAUUUUUCGAAACAAUUGUAACGCCUGCUCUCUCCGAGCAUCAUGUCGUGCUGGUGACAUCCUUAAUUACAAAAUGCUUCAAGGAAAUCACGUCCCUCUAUUUAAGUCGUGAAUUGAGUUUUUGGCUGGUUGGACAACACAGAAAUCCCGAUAUUCCGAAUGUUUGGUCAUGGCCAGUAUUGCAUAGAUUAAUUGACAAUUGCUGCACGGACAGUGAUGACUUGACAGUAGAGACAUUGAAAUUAUUCGAGGAGAUGAUUGAGAAAAGAGACGAGCAUAUACUACAUUGUCUUGUAUUAACGUACUUAACGAAUCGAGGAUACUAUGAUAAUAGUGCCGCGGAUAGUGCAAUUGCUUCUUGGAGUGAUGAAGAGGACGAGCGAGAGAGAGAAAAGAAGAGUGCACUCGAUUUAUCAAGUGGAAUAAAUCAUAGUCGAACUCUGGCACCGAGCAAUAUUCACAGAAUUCUCAAUUGCUUCUUGUCUUUGAUACCGAGACAACUACAAACGGAUUUCGAGGCGAAUCGAUACGAGCGUUACAUGCUUGAUUGGGAAAAGCAAUAUUCAUUAGUAUUUGCAGAUUGUGCUCUAUUUGCCUGGCCUUUGGAAGCAGUGACUGUGGACGAUUCUGCAAGUUCUGAUUCGCGACCAGAAGCUGAUCAUUGUUCGACUAGAUUUUAUAUGGGCCCAUUUUUAUCAAUGCUUUUGGAGAAAGUCAGCAAUAUUCCUAAUCAAAAACACGAUAUCAAUUUACAGUUAACUAUUGUGAUAUCUAAAUUAGCACUCUUACCUCAUCCAUAUUUACACGAGUUUCUUUUGAAUCCACUGAUACCAUUGACAAUUGGAAAACGAAGUUUGUUUAUUUGCCUACAAAGAGUUGUCAAGCACUUGAUGAGUGAAGUGCAAAAAACUCCUAAUUACAAGCAACUUCUCAAAGAGACUAGACACAGACUGUUUGAAGAUACCACCAUCGAUCCGGCCAAAGAAAAUAUUCUAUUUGAAAGUGUGAUUAUAAUGGAAGAAUUCUGCAAAGAACUUGCAGCUAUAGCCUAUGUCAAAUAUCAUCAUUCCUUGCCAAUCAAAUGUUGACUUAAUGUUAAAUAUAGUUAGUAUUAAAAAUAUACCUAUAACGAAGAAUAUUUUAGUCUAAGAACUUGCCUUCAGUUUACUAGAAGCAAAAUCCCAAGAAUGGUCUCUACAAAUAAAUUCCUUUUCCCUACAAAACGAAAGAUUAUGUCUAUUUCUAAACAGAACACAAGCAUUAUCAUUGGCAAUAAAAAAUGC